AUGCGGGGCUCUAAUGAGGCGGAGGCGAUAUUUGUGACACACCACCUGAUCCCCGCUCCUCAACUUCGCGGAGAAGGCAAAGGGGGCACCGCGGCUUCACACCGCACAAGGCUACAAUUACCGGGAAGGAAAAGAGAAAUGAAAUCCCCACCGUACCUGGCGGCGUCUGGGAAUCCCUCGCCGCGACCCCCGCGCCUUCCUCCGCCCUUACGAGGCAGCGGCAUCGUCCUCCCCCCUUCUCCGCCACCUCCUCCUCCGGCGCGCAGCCCGCGGCUCUGGCAUCCCCGACGCACUUUCUCUCCCGGGUUGGCUCGCUCUUCCCCCCGCCGCUCCUCCUGCUCCGGCCAAAAAUACAAACGAGAAGGGACCGCGGGUGCGCCUGGUCUUGGGGUUUCUUUUUCUCUUUUCUGUCCUCUGGAAACGGUGAGAGGAUCACAUGAGGAGCAGGCAGGGAGACCCAGGACCCUCGGCAGCCGGGGAAGGCAGCAGACACGUAUCUACUCCUCUCCUCCGCCCCCCUCCCAAGAAAGGGGGGGACUUCUAACUGCAGCUGAACGACACCGAGAGCCUGGCCGUGGGAUGAACUGCUGGGAGCUCCUUCCAAGAGCCCCAGUGGCCACGCAGUGGGAAGGACACGGGAGGCAGGGGCUUCCUUUCCACUGUUACUACAGUACUGCUUUACUCUAGUUCAACACACUGCCAAAAGCGGGGUCAACUCAUUGUCAGAUGAAGUUGC